CGGCUGCGGCGCGGUCAGUCGAAUCUAAACAAAACAUUCUCUCUGUUUGCUCGCAACACCCGCAUUCGAUCGCAGCAAAUCGUCACAUUCUGACGUGUUUGUGUCUGACCCGUGCAUGUCAUAUCAAUAUACGAGUGAUAAUUUCUUUUCACAUCACGUCCGAAGAUUAUAAGUGCGUCCGAACGUUCUUUGUUUCCUUCAACAACAUGCUGAAGACGUUUUUCGUCUUCUGCGUCGCAGCAUUCGUCUGCGUCGUAGCACUACCGCCUGAACCAUAUGCAUCUCAACGGCAUGUUUCACUUCUUGGCAGCAAGGAAUGUACUUGGGGGCCGUCGUAUUGGUGCUCCAAUUUAACUGCUGCUGCUGGUUGUCACGCAACGAAACACUGCAUCCAAACCGUAUGGCAACACAAAACUUACCCUGAAGAUGGAGAUUCAAUCUGUCAAACCUGUCUUGACAUGGUUAAACAAGCCCGAGACCAACUUGAAAGCAACGAAACGCAGGAAGAAAUCAAAGAAGUCUUUGAAGGUUCCUGCAACUUGAUCCCAAUCAAAGUAGUCUCGAAAGAAUGCUGUAAACUAGCAGACGAUUUCAUUCCUGAUUUGAUUGACACCUUAGCUUCUGAGAUGAAUCCACAGACUGUGUGCUCGGUUGCAGGCUUGUGCAAUAAUCUGAAAUAUGACAAAUUGCUUGAAAGCAGCUCACAAGAGCUUGUCACCAAGCAAAAAACUGACUCAGAAGUUGAUACCUGCACUGGUUGUCAUCAUGUGAUGGAUAUCAUGGAGAAGAAGUUCACUGAUAUGAGUAGAGAUGAAUUUUUACAAAGAUUAUUACAGAUUUGUGCAAGAACUGGAACAUUCUCAGAUGGAUGCAGUAAUAUUGUCAUUACUUACUUCAACGAAAUCUACAGCCAUUUACAGAAAGAAUUCAAAACUGAUAAGAUUUGUCUGCUUUCGGGUGAGUGUAGUAUUAAUUUCCACAAGCAUCCAGAGAUUGAAGUGACAUCUAUGGGCAAUGUUGGCGUUGUUUCUAUUGGUGAUGAUCCGGCUUGUAAACUGUGCAAACAGCUUGUCAAUCAUUUACGCGACCUUCUGAUUGCUGACACAACCGAAAACGAGUUCCAAAAAGUCCUGCAAGGCUUGUGCAAGCAAACUGGUAACUUCAAAGAUGAAUGCCUCGGUAUUGUCAAUCAAUACUACCCAACAAUCUAUAAAUAUUUGGUCGAAGAGUUAAACUCAACCGUCGUGUGUGAUUUCACCAACAUCUGCCCGGGUCCUGGCUUCGAACAAUUCGAUUCCGCACCGAUUGCGCCAAUGUUAUCCCCGGAAUCAUCUGAAAAACUAAAACAAUUGCAAUUCGAGCAUCAAUCACCUGAAUUAAUGCAGUUGCCCAUUGAGAGACUUAAUAGUCCGUUCAUGAACAACGUUUACAACAAAGAAUUAUGCACAUUCUGUCAAUAUUUCCUCCAUUAUGUCCAGCAGGCGAUUACAGAUCCGAAAACCGAAGGUCAAAUGAAGAAGAUUGUCGAUCAGGCGUGCGAUCAUCUGCCGAAUUCCGUAGCUGAGACGUGUGUGGAGUUUGUGAAUUCCUACGGUGAAGCAUUGGUCGCCAUCUUGGCCGAGGAGAUUGACCCAAGCACGAUUUGUCCGCUGAUUCGUGUUUGUCCAAGCAGCAGUGACAAUCAUGACAUUGAAGUGUUCAUGCAAGGUACUCCAGAAGAUAAACCCAACUGUCCGUUGUGUUUGUUUGCUGUAACUAAACUGGAAGAGAUGGUAAAAGAUCAUAAAACUAAAGAUUCGAUCAAAGACGCGUUGAAAUCUUUGUGUUCACAUCUAAAUGACAAUUUGCGCACUGAAUGUCAAGAUUUUGUCGAUGGUUAUACCGAUGAACUGGUGGAAAUGCUCGUGGAUGACUUCAAACCGCAGGAAAUUUGCGUCUACUUGAAGAUUUGCAAGGAUAAUCGUCCUGCUUCACCUCUAGGAAGUGAUAUCUACGAAGGAAGCAUUAAUACGAAUGAAAUUCCUGAUCAGACAGCGAAUGGACGUCCAAUUAGUCAACUUAAAGUAAAUAAUAAACCAUCGUGUUCUCUGUGUGAGUUUGUCAUGACGCAAUUGCAAGAUAUGUUGAAGAAUAAGUCGACUGAGGAUGAGAUUGAGCAAGCUUUGCACAACGUGUGUAAAGUAAUGCCGAAAACACUGCGGGCGGAAUGUGAUGGAUUCGUUGACAAAUACGGUGAUAUGGUUUUACAGCUUUUGAUAUCCAGUGUGGAACCGAAGGAGAUUUGCACGAUGAUUAAUCUCUGUGACAAAGUCACCUUGACAGCUCCUGCUCCUGUUCCUGUCAAAAUGCAAGUGAAAUCAGGACCGGUUUGUUUUAUUUGUAAACAGGUUAUCAACGCGUUAGAAGGAGUUAUUGGCACUGUAAGCGAAGAUGACAUGGAGAAAACUGUCAAGACUAUUUGUAGUGUGCUUCCCAAGAGCACUGAACAACAGUGUGAUGGUUUUAUUGAAAAGUACGGCGAUAUGAUUUAUAAUUUGUUGAGGGAUGGCACACGGCCUGGUGAAUUAUGCUCGUUGUUAGUCUUGUGUGAUAAUAAUCCAAUCGUUAAAGCUAUCAAAGAAAGCGUUUAUACUUGUGCUGUAUGCGAGGCUACAGUUACACUCGUCGAUGAGAUUUUAGACAAUCCUAACUUGAUUCACAGUGCUGAACAUGUUCUUGAGAAGGCUUGUGUUGCUCUACCUAACAAGCACGUCUCAAAGUGUCAUUCGUUGAUUGAAACCUAUGGAAACAAAAUUUUCCAUUUUGUUGCAACCAUUGGCAGUGAGAAAACAUGCAAAAAAAUCGGUGUUUGUGUUAAGUCAGCACACACGCUGAAGAAACGUGAAUUACUGGGCAGUAAUCGUUGUACUUGGGGACCUGGCUAUUGGUGCCAAAGCGUCGAGAAUGCCAAAGAGUGUGGCGAUGGUGCCCACACCCACUGCAAAACCAAAGUUUGGAAGGGUGAGAAGCCUGCAAAUGAGAUCUAAACAUCAUAGUAGCUCUUAAUUUUAAACUUAACCUCAAUAUUACUCUUUUUAACCGUUAGAUGUGUUUCCCCAUAGUUAUAUACUAACAGAAUAUUCUCAAUAAUGAACAAAGAUUACGCAGAUUAAGCAGAAUACCAAUGUUUUACGAGUUAAUUUCGGUAGUGAAUGCUGUGAUUUGAUAAUUGACAAAAUUUGAAUAAAUAUUUAAGGUUAUGAGUA